AUGCCACCCUUUACAGUCUCGAUGGACCAGAUCCAAGGGAUUAAGUUGGUCACGAAUCAUACGGAUAAGGAAUAUUUCAACCAGGCAAACGUCGCGCGUUUGCUUUACUGGCUUUGUAGUGAAACUAUUCUACCGUUACUACCACCAGAUAAUAGUCCUCCAUCUUGGCUUGACCCAGAGGUUGCCUCCUUAUUCAACAAGAAGCUUGGCGAGGAUUUUGCAAAAUACCUGUUUGAACUCUAUCAAAAAUGGGCUUGGGAGUGGGGUCAUCCGCCUUUGAGGAAUGGCACCGUUUAUCAAAUUAUCAAGCUAGUGUUGGCGAUGGAUCGCGGUUUUACUGCAUCAACCGAUCCGUAUUUGAUGAUCGCAUUUACGGCAGUCCAGAAAGCGACGGGCGUCCUAACCGCUUGGAAGAAGCUUGGUCUAUUACGAGCAGAAGUGAUCGAUGGUUUAAUCGACGGUCUGAAAGAGGGGUUGCUCUAUCUGGAAACGGACUAUCGUCUGAACGUCAAAAAGGAGUCAAACGUGGCUGAUAUGUGUUCACGAUAUGCCCUGUCCGAUCCAAAUAUAACCAAUUUCUUUUGCGAUUGUGGCAGCGAAGAAUCUGAAUUAAGUUUCGUUGCGCACCAACACAGCCUUACAGACCCCAGCCAAUUCUCUACAAUCGUGGAAGAAUAUGGAAAUAGAGAGAUGCUCAAAGAUCAGCUGCAACUCCUAAGACAAGCCCCAAUAGCCAUGCUCGAAUACCGCGCCCAACAACCACUUCCACAGAAGGUCAAAAACGGAUCAUUUGGCAUGUGGCGGUGGCACGUGUUGAGAGUCGGGAUGGACAAGUAUUAUGGCAUCGCACCAUCCAUCUCACAAAACGAAAAAUUGAGCUUUACGGAUUCUUUACGCGAGCAAGGGGUGAUUGAUAGGGUAAUUCUGGAAGUGAGGCAACUUUUCGCCGAAUAUAUUGAUGGAAACCAUGCGAUCGACAGUGCCGAAGAUGCAUUUGCUGCACUGACCCACCGAAAGACCAUCGGCAUGAGUGUCUACCUCGCUGAAUUAUACCAAGAUCAGGAAUGCGUUGCGAAUAUCCCAGGAAUAGCGGACUAUAAUGAAUUUACGUUCGGGCAUUUGCAUGGAUGUGUGAAAAUGUGGAAGUAUUAUGAUAUCGGAAGCGGGGAAUUGUAUGAGAAGCCAUGCACCAUCCGAGGUCGUAUUGCUUUGGAAAAAUCGGGUGGUAUGACAGGAGCUGACGUUGAUAUCUUGCGAGAUCAACAAAAUUUCAAGGUGGGCACCGAGAGCCGCUACUGGGAAUAUUUCUUUUGCCCGAACAUCCACCACUGUACACCAGAACGAAGUGUCCCAUCCUCAAACCUUCGCGAUAUUGAAGUAGCCAGCAACAGAUCCAUCGACUGCCCAACCAACGUC